AUGCCAAUCACUAACGCAGCCACCAAUAGCAUUUAUGAUGCCGUCGCCGCCGUGUCCAACAUCUCUUUAGACACCAUGUCAGUCGAGGAACGCGACUAUUUCAAGUCCGAGCAUGGGAUCGAGUUUCUCAAUAGUACAUCGAACCAGGGUAUCUGUUUCGGUAACUGGCUCAGCCACCCUCAGAAUGUCGUGAAGGCCGCCAAGUUGGUCAGUGAAUCAGUUUCUGUGCCAAAGUCGGUGUCAGCCCCUGAUUUCGACGAGUUUGUUUCAAAAGUCAUUGUCCAAGCGAUUGCCGUCACUGGUUCAUUACAAUCCAAAGGAAUCAAAAACUGCGUGCUUUCCCAGAUCAACCCUGAUUUGGCCAAUGACACCGAAGCCAUUGUCAAAUAUGCCACCGCAAUUAUCAACGCCUAUGCCGUUGUAGGGGUCGAUAAAUCAAAAGUCAUUAUCAAAUUACCAAUCACCUGGGAAUCGAUGCAAGCUGCUAAACAACUUACCGCUUCGGGCAUCCAAUGCCUUGGUACUGUAUGCCAUACCCUUGAACAAGCGGUGCUUGCUGCCGAAGCCGGUUGUGUGGCUAUUUCUCCAUACGUCGACGAUUUAGGCGUCAACAUUGAUCCAUCAUCUUAUGUUGUCAAGCCAUUAGAAGAAAACUAUGGGUACCAAAUGACCAAGCAAGUCCACAUGUACUACCGUGCCUAUGGUAUCAAGACCAUCAACUGUAUUGCCGCCACCAUCGGGCUUGAUGUGAUCCUUGCCCUCAGCGGGGUCGAUGAAAUGACGAUUCCUGUUGUGGCAUUGUACAAGAUGAUCAACACUUCUGUUCCUGAAGGGGUUGUUACCCCAGGGUUGAAAAAGACUUAUACCAAGGAAGAAGCUGGCCCUGAAUUGAGUUUCAUCAAUGGUGGUGCUGAUGCGUACAACAAGGCGUUUGAAAGUAAUAAAAUUGGGGUUGAAAGAUAUCAUCUUGCCAUCAAUACUUUCAGCUCGUUCCAAAAGAAGGCGGAGGUGUUGGUCAAGAACUGUUUGGUCGAAUAUGGCAUAGUUAAGGCUUGA